CUUCACCAGACUGUUGAGUCAAAAUGAAGCAUCUGAACCAUUGUCACCCUUCACCAUCCAGAUUGAUUCCGUCCGUAAAGAAAUCAUGCAGCUCUACAUCUUCUUCUUCCUCUUCCACUCCAUUGCGCUCCUCCUCUUCAAUUCCUCCUCUAGGGAACCUCCCACGGGGGCCUGCCACAGGUCAUGGAUCCCAUCACUCUGUUCUCCUCUGCUCCAUGGGGAUAAUCUGGGCUGUGCGGUACACGAUGGAUGUUGAAGGGCAUUUGGGGAAGAUGCUGGAGAGGGAGAAAGAGGAUGGGAAGCUCUUGGGGAAGUGUGCGCAGGAAUUGAAGAAAAAGGGUGUAGGGUUUGAUUUGUUGAAGGAGGUUGAUGCGCUGAGGAGGGCAAAGAGUAUGCGAAUGGAGGUGAAGGUUGUGAGGCAAUGGUCUAGUAGGGAUUUUGUAACAUUGUUCUUCUUCACUGUGUCAUGUUUGGUUCUUGGAUUCACAAGGGUGAUUUUGUGCAGUUGAACUUCAGGGGAAAUUGGGAUUUUUGGGGAGCUUUUACAACCUUGCAUGAUUUUGGUAACCAGGUAUGGUUCCCUAGUUUUUUAUGGGAUCCUUGGCAGGCGGAUUUGUAUGGGCAGAGAAUUGGUUUUCAAGUUUGGAAAUUAGAAGCAAGUGCAGAAUACUGUACUCUGCUUUUGUAAUUUGGGGAUUUAUAAGGAGAUAUGUUAAAAUAAGAAAGAUAGUUUCCUUUA